AUGCCGAUCCACGUGACAGGCAGCGGCCGGGGGCUCCAUCCCAUGAAGAGGACGGGGGCUCUGCGCAGCCCCCUGCGCACCCCCCACCUGGCUGCAGUCUCCAGGGUCGACCAGGGCAGGUGUGGACCAGGAUCCCAGGCGGAUCAGGGUGACAGCACAGGCGAUGGCACAAAGCCACAAAGGAUGUCCCUCCCCCACACCUGCAACACAAUCGCCGCCUGCCUGUCACCAGCAGCUGCUCCGGAGUCAUCCUUCUUUGUGCUGGCUCUGACAGGUGUGUCCAAAGGGGACGAGCGCAGGCACCGCUCGGUCAACAAUGGCACUCAGGUGCCUACUGCUGGCACUGGGGCCCUGCAGCAAUCAGCCUUCGAGUCAGAGGUGUCUGAGAUCAGCAUCAGCCAGGGUGAGAUUAACCUUGCCCUCAGGAACCUGCGGGCCUGGAUGAAGGAUGAGAAAGUGCCCAAAAACCUGGCCACACAGCUGGACUCAGCCUUCAUCCGGAAGGAGCCCUAUGGCCUGGUGCUCAUCAUUGCCCCUUGGAAUUACCCUGUGAACCUGACGCUGGUGCCCCUGGUGGGUGCCCUUGCAGCAGGGAACUGUGUGGUGCUGAAGCCCUCGGAAAUUAGCAAGAGGGUGGAGAAGGUCCUGGCUGAGGUGCUGCCCCAAUACCUGGACCAGGGCUGCUUCGCAGUGGUGCUGGGUGGCCCCGAGGAGACAGGGCAGCUGCUGGAGAACAGGUUUGACUACAUCUUCUUCACAGGGAGCCCCCGCGUGGGCAAGAUCGUCAUGGCCGCCGCAGCCAAGCACCUGACUCCCGUCACACUGGAGCUGGGGGGCAAGAACCCCUGCUACGUGGAUGACGACUGUGACCCCCAGACCGUGGCCAACCGCGUGGUCUGGUUCCGCUACUUCAAUGCCGGCCAGACCUGCGUGGCCCCCGACUACGUCCUGUGCAGCCGCGAGACACAGGAGCGGCUGCUGCCCGCCAUGCAGAGCGCCAUCACCCGCUUCUAUGGCGACGACCCCAAGAGCUCCCCCAACCUGGGCCGCAUCGUCGGGGAGAGGCAGUUCCAGCGGCUGCAGGGCCUGCUGGGCUGUGGGCGCGUGGCCAUCGGCGGCCAGAGUGACGAGAGCGAGCGCUACAUCGUGCCACCUUCCUUCAGCAAUGUGGGGGCCUCAGGGCCCUUGAGAUGCGGUCACGUGGUCAAGCGGAUGCUGGCAGGGACCAGCAGCGGGGGCUUCUGCGGAAAUGACGGCUUCAUGCACAUGACCCUUGCCACGCUGCCUUUCGGAGGAGUGGGUGCCAGCGGGAUGGGUAGGUACCACGGCAAGUUCUCCUUUGACACCUUCUCCCACCACCGCGCCUGCCUGCUGCGUGCCCCCGGGAUGGAGAAGAUCUACGCCAUCCGCUACCCGCCCUACUCGCCCCGCAACCUGAGGGUGCUGUUGGCAGCCAUGGAGACCCGCGGCUGCAGCUGCACCUGCACCCUGCUCUGA